UUUCAUUUUCCUCUCUCUCUCUCUCUCUCUCAGUCUCUCUCUGAGUGGGUCUCUCUCAGACUCUCUAUCCAUUUGCAGAUUUGCUGUUUCAUCUGCGCGUCUUUCUUAUUCCUCUCGCUUUUUUCGUUCCUUCUCUGUGCUUCUCUCUGUCUCUCUUAGGGCUCACACAGACAGGCACGCUUAAACCUGCGCCGGGCUCGAUUAUCCUGCGUCACUCUCCGCAAUGUUGAAGAAAUCUCCGUCCUUGGAGUCCAGUCUCUUCCUCUUUGCAGUGGCAGCCCCUACGCUGCUCCUACUCUGCUUCUCCGCCCUGUUACUUACUUCGCCCUCCCUCGCCGAAUCAGAUCGCCUCGACUCCACCAACUCCACCGAGUCUAAUGUCUCUCUCUCUACUCCUAAAGAAGCCAGCUUCGCCCAAAUGAUUGAUCAAGCUCUCGCCAACGAGUUCUCCGAGAACGAUCAGCCCGAAGCGGCAGAUGCUGGAGGCUUCAAUAACAGUGUAGCAGAACAGCAGGCAGUUCUGGAGACUGUAGCCAGAGUUAAAUCGAAGAAAAACGAUACGAAAGAGGAUAAGUCAUUCCAAUUGCAUAAUGUCUUUAAUCUGGAUACUGAUAAUAGAGCUGAAGAUACACCAACAUUAAUAGAUCGAAAGGACAAUGUCUUUAUUAUAUCUAAUUUUAAAUCAAAAUAUCCAGUUCUGCAGCUGGACUUAAGAUUGAUAUCCGAUUUGGUAGUUGUUAUUGUCUCAGCAACUUGUGGUGGCAUUGCCUUUGCUUGUGCUGGACAGCCGGUUAUCACUGGAUAUCUGCUAGCUGGAUCUUUUAUUGGACCUGGAGGAUUUAACUUUGUUAGUGAAAUGGUCCAAGUUGAAACAGUGGCUCAGUUUGGUGUAGUUUUUCUUCUUUUUGCACUGGGCCUGGAGUUCUCCACAACAAAGCUUCGAGUUGUUCGAGCAGUUGCUGUUCUAGGGGGCCUGCUACAAAUUUUCCUAUUUAUGUGCCUGUGUGGUAUUAUAGCCUCGUUGUGUGGUGGUAAAGCUUCAGAGGGUGUAUUUGUUGGUGCAUUACUGUCUAUGUCUUCAACAGCAGUGGUCUUGAAGUUUUUGAUGGAAAAAAACUCCACUAAUUCCCUUCAUGGCCAAGUAACCAUCGGCACCCUUAUUCUGCAGGACUGUGCCGUGGGUUUACUGUUUGCUUUGCUUCCUGUACUGGGUGGGACUUCUGGUGUCCUUCAAGGAGUGAUGUCCAUGACUAAAGUGUUGGUGGUGUUGAUUACAUUUUUGGCUGUUCUAACUAUAUUAUCUCGUACUUGUGUUCCUUGGUUACUUAAACUCAUGAUAAGCCUAUCAUCACAGACCAACGAACUAUAUCAGUUGGCAUCGGUUGCAUUCUGCUUGCUUGUAGCCUGGUGUAGUGACAAGCUGGGGCUAAGCCUAGAACUGGGUUCGUUUGCUGCUGGAGUGAUGAUAUCAACAACUGAUCUUGCUCAACAUACACUAGAUCAAGUUGAACCCAUUCGCAAUCUUUUUGCAGCUCUUUUCCUUGCCAGCAUUGGAAUGUUGAUCCAUGUUCAAUUUCUCUGGAACCACGUGGAUAUAUUACUAGCAUCUGUUCUUCUGGUGAUCAUUGUAAAAACAAUUAUAAUCUCCGCUGUUGUCAAGGGAUUUACCUACAACAACAAGACUUCACUUCUUGUUGGGAUGUCUCUGGCACAGAUAGGGGAGUUUGCUUUUGUUCUUCUCAGCCGGGCUUCUAAUCUUCAUCUAGUUGAGGGGAAAGUGUACCUGUUGCUUCUUGGAACUACCGCUCUUAGUCUGGUGACAACUCCUCUGCUUUUCAAGCUAAUUCCUGCCGUAGUGCACCUUGGCGUGCUGUUACGGUGGUUCUCCCCUGACGGUUCCUUGGAGGUAAUGACCAGUCUACAAGUGGAUUCAAAGGAGAAAACCUUCGGUCCGAAAGUCUGAAGCAGCGCACUUUAUUGAUCGAUCAAGGACCUCAUGAUUCAUGACAUACAUAUAUAUGAAGUGAAAGGGAAUUUCAGUAUCAUACCAACUAUAUAACAUCCCUCGCUUUCCCAACACUACUGCCGGUGAAGUCAAUUGCGGCUAUUCGCUAUACAGCUUUUCCAUCAUUCACGCAACUACCGGAUGGUGGUGAGACUAGAUCGGGAAAGAGGUAAUCUAAUUUCCGAAAGGACUGACAGCUGAAAACUUUUAUCUGUGAUUUAGUCGUCUCUGCCACAUGACCGAUUUGUGGAGACAUAUUCUUUUCAUUUGUUACAUAGUUUCAAUUUUGUAAACUUUUGUGGCAAUUGUUGUUCAUAGAUGAUUAAUUACAAGUACAGAUGGAAUUCUCAAUGUAUAAAAGUCGUGUCUUUAUUGCCA